AUGUCCGGUGAAGACGAUGAAGACGAUUACAUGAACAUGACGUUCCAAGACCCUACUCCCGCCACAGAAUCAUCUGUUCAGCGAGCUCAACGGCUGAAAAAAGAAUCACGCGCUCGUGGUGUCAUGAAAUCCAAAGCACAGAUCGCUCAGGAAGAAGUUGCCGCGAGAGAAAAGGCACUCUCAACCUCCAUGCUCGAGGAUCCCCGUUCAAAGAAGAGCAAAGGCCUUGCCAUGAUGGCUAAAAUGGGCUUCAAGGGUGGUAGCCUGGGCAAAAAGGCAGAAGAUGGCCAAUCCUCUGGUAAAUCAGAGCCCAUCAAGAUCAGCAUGAAGGAGGAUCGCGGCGGCAUUGGCAUGGAAAGUGAGAAGAAGAGGAAGCUUCAAGAAGCCUUUGAAGAGAGGGAAAUCAAGACUGUCAAAAUCGACCCCUUAGAGUACCGUGAGAGGAUGCGAUUGGAAAGAGAAGAUGCUAGGCUGGAAUCACAGCUGCACGCUGCACAACGAACGGCGGAGAGACUGGAUGACGAGAAGGCCGGCUCAGAUACGAAUGAACACUCGUCAUCGGAAGAAGCUUCAACUCCAAAGCCUAAACCACUAUCAUCGCGACCGCUCAAAUCUAUCCCGGUGCUUUAUCGCGGCUUGAUUCGGCAUCGCGAAGAAAAGGAGCGUGAUCGACGAAUGAGGUACGACUUGGAGCAGUCUCUUUCGCGGUUACCGACGUAUGAGAAUGACGAGGAGGAUGAAGAUGACAAGAAAGCUCUGGGCAAGAAACAGGUUACAUACUCAACUGCGGAUGACUUGGACGAGGAAGAUGAAGAACUGGACGAGUUCAAUGCACUUGAGCCCGGUACUAGACUGAGUCGUUUAAUCAUGUACUUGCGAGAGACACAUCGCUAUUGCUUCUGGUGCAAAAUGGCAUAUCCGGACGCGGAAAUGGACGGUUGUCCCGGUAUAACAGAGGAGGACCACGAUUGA